UGCCAUCGAUCAAAAGAGCAGUUUUCGCUUUGAGAGAGAGAGAGAGAGUGUGCGUGUGUUGCCAAUGGCGUCGUCGAGAAGUGCAGUUAGGGUAUCGGAGAUGGAGAAGAUGAGUCUGGAGCAGCUGAAAGCAGUAAAGGAGCAGGCCGAUCUCGAACUAAAUCUCCUCCAGGAUAGCCUGAAUAACGUCCGCACCGCCACCACUCGCCUCGAGCUUGCUUCCUCCGCCCUUCUCGACCUCUCUCUCCGCCCCCAAGGAAAGAAAAUGCUGGUUCCUCUUACUGCUUCUCUGUAUGUACCUGGCACACUUGAUGAUGCGGAUAAAGUCUUGGUAGAUGUUGGCACUGGUUACUUCAUUGAGAAAACAAUGGCUGAAGGUAAAGAUUAUUGUGAGCGUAAAAUCAACUUGCUGAGAUCUAACUUUGAUCAACUUGUUGAGGUUGCUUCUAAAAAGAAAAGCGUAGCAGAUGAAGUCGGGGCAAUCUUACAGGCAAAAUUGAAGCAAUUAUCUCCUUCACCUUAGGGAGCUGUUGUGCCUUGUUGCAUUAUUGAGUUCCAAAUUCCAAUGCCUUCUUUGUAUAAAAGGCUGAAGAUCUGGUUUUAGAUUUUGAAUUGGGACCUCUUUCCUACCCACCUCUCCCCUUCCCUUUUUGUUCCCCUUCUUUUAUUGGAUUAAAUGAUCAUAGUAGUAAUGAAUCCGUUUAUAGUUUAUAGGUC